AUGACUUUCUUAUCAACAUUUGAAGAAGAUAUUCAGAAUCAUGAAAAUAUUAGUUUUAAUGGAAAUAUUGUUAUUCCUCCUCAUGACACUCAUUUAACUAAUUUAAAAUAUCCAUGUUUUAAUGAAAGUCAUAAAUAUUAUCUUAGAACAAAUCCAUCUAAAAGAAAAAUUAAAUACAUUGAAGUCUCAUUAAAAUCUCAUGGUUAUGAAUUAUUAAAAAUAAGUAUUAAAGUUAUUAAAGACAUUAAAAUAUUGAGAAAAUGUUUAAUAGGAAAUAGUCAUUUAGUUAAAGAUGUUGAUAGAACUGAAUAUUUAAAUAUUAUAUCUGAUCUUUCUGAUGUUAUAGAAAUAUUUUCUAAUAUUAAUGUUUAUAUCACAGCAAAUGAUAACCA